CCAGCCUGUCUCUGUCUCCCGGACUGUGUCCCUCUGUGUGGGUGAGUGUCCUAGCGUGUGUGUGCGUGUGCAGACAGGACUGUGACACGUAUCUCACGGACGUGACCACACAGGACACCUCCAUCUGGAACCACGAUACUCCUUCAUCCUGAGAAACCUUUUUUUUUAAAAUUAUUACUUUAAAUAAUAGUUUGUGUGUUUCAGCAGCAUGGAGACUCGGGACGCGGCAGCCGCAGAUGUUCUUUUGAGCAGUGGCGGCGGCGGUGAGGGGAAAAAAGCGAAGAAGAAAGCAGCUCCUCAACCAGACGUAGCUAAAAACAGAAUGGAGCGAAUCUUUGGAUUCAGGAAGGAGGACCUGAGUUCUUGGCAGAACCUGGUGGCCCUUCUCAACCGUCCAUCUGACCCGGCAUCCCUGGGCAUCUUUCGCUUCUUGUUCGGUUUACUGAUGGUCGUUGACAUCACACAGGAACGAGGCCUCAGUCACCUGGACUACAAGUACCUGGAUGGCUCCCCCGUGUGCCGUUUCCCACUCUUUAAUUUCCUGAAGCCCCUGCCCAUGGACUGGAUGUACCUGGUCUACGUGGUGAUGAUUCUGGGCGCUCUGGGCAUCAUGUUGGGCUGCUUCUACCGUCUCUCCUGCCUCAUGUUCAUCUCCACCUACUGGUACAUCUUCUUCCUGGACAAGACGGCCUGGAACAACCACUCCUAUUUGUACGGACUGAUUGGAUUUCAGCUCAGUCUGAUGGAGGGGAACCGAUACUGGUCGGUUGAUGGUUUGAGGAGACCGUCCAUAAGAAACGCUCAUGUGCCUCUGUGGAAUUACACUCUGUUGAGGACACAGAUUUUUAUCGUGUAUUUCAUCGCCGGGAUCAAGAAGUUGGAUGCGGACUGGGUGGAGGGCUACUCCAUGUCAUAUCUGGCCCAUCACUGGCUUUUCGAUCCCUUCAAAAUGAUUCUUCCCGUGGAGCUGGUCAGUUUGUUUGUGGUCCACGGUGGAGGUCUGAUCCUGGACCUGACCGCUGGGUACCUGCUGUUUUUCGACGUCACUCGACCGUAUGCCAUGUUCUUCGUCUCCUACUUCCACUGUAUGAACUCUCAGCUCUUCAGUAUCGGGAUGUUCCCCUACACCAUGUUGGCCACCACUCCAAUGUUUUGCUACGUGGACUGGCCCAGAAGAUUCUUCUCCCAUUUCCCAUCAUUCCUCACUGCGGUUCUGCCCUUUACUACACCGGAGCCGCAGCCCAGCGCGUCUUGUAUUUACCCAGAGGUCCAGAGCAGAAGCAGUGACCGCCGUCAGACGCCUCCUGAUCGUAACGUUUCCAAGCCGAGAUUUAAGCACAAACUGGGAGCCAUUUUCACAGUCGUCUACAUCCUGGAGCAGCUUUUCAUGCCUUACUCUCACUUCAUCACAAAGGGCUACAACAACUGGACCAACGGUCUGUACGGCUACUCCUGGGACAUGAUGGUCCACUCCCGCAGCCAUCAGCACGUCAAGAUCACCUACAAAGACGGACAAACCGGAGAGACCGGGUUUCUGAAUCCAGGGGUGUUCACACACAGUCGUCGUUGGAAAGACCACGGCGACAUGCUGAAGCAGUACGCCACCUGUCUACACGAGUUUCUGCCGCACUACAACAUCUCUGAUCCAGAAAUCUACUUUGACAUCUGGGUGUCCAUCAACGAACGCUUCCAGCAACGGAUCUUUGAUCCCCGCGUUGACAUCGUCAAAGCCGAUUGGUCGCCAUUCAGGCCGAACCCUUGGCUGAUGCCUCUACUGGUGGAUCUGUCACCGUGGAGGACCAAGCUCCAGGAGAUCGAGGGCAGUUUGGACAAUCAGACGGAGGUCGUCUUCAUAGCUGACUUUCCAGGUCUGCACUUGGAAAACUUCGUAAGUGAAGAUCUGGGCAACACCAGUAUCCAGGUGUUACAGGGAAAAGUGAAUGUGGAGAUCGUGGGGGAGAAGAAGAACCAGAGUCUGCAGACCGGGGAGCAGAUGAAGAGGAGGAACCACACACACGUCCAACAAUGACCAUGUGACUCUCACUUUUUAUACUUCAUCGUGAAGCCGCUCAUGUUCGUCCUUCUGUGCGUCACUGACCACUGGUGGGCGACCUGCUAUCAAGUGAUUAUGACAUGAAAGGCAGAACAAUUAAAUCUCUUCUGCUAGGGGGCAGCAGAUCGCUAUGAAAACUAAAGAUAAUCAGAGCUGUCGAAGAAGAUCUUUGUGAGUGUCUUUCUUCAAUCCCUGCCAGUACAUCAGCU